AUGUUUUCAAAGAAAAGAACAGUUAAUAACGAGCGUCGGGUGGUACAGGAUAAGUGGAAAAUCUUAUACUUUUAUGUUGAAAUUAAUGGAAAACCAACAUGUUUUAUUUGUAAUCAACAAGUUGCUGUGGCCGACGAAUACAAAGUUCGAAGGCAUUAUGAAACUAACCAUGCUAUGAAGUACAAUAAAUAUAGUGGAGAGUUACUUGAAGACAAAGUUAAGGAGUUGGAGCAGUCAUUGAAAAAGCAGCGGUCAGUAUUUAAGAGUGUUCAUCAAGUCAGUGAUGCUGCAGUUAAGGCAAGUUACAGGAUUGCCCAUGAAAUAGCUGUGUCAUCGAAGCCGUUUUCUAAGGGAAACUUUAUAAAUAAAUGUAUGUUGAUGGCUUCAGAAGAUAUUUGCCCGGAAAAACGUCAAGCAUUUGCAAACAUAAGCCUCUCAAGAAAUACAGUUGCAGAAAGAAUUGGUGAAUUAUCAGAGAAUAUUAACAGUCAACUGACAGACAAAGUUAAGUCCUUUACUGCAUUUUCAGUUGCAUUUGAUGAAAGUACCGAUGUAAGUGAUGUAGCACAACUUGCAGUUUUUAUACGUGGUGUGGAUGAAAAUAUGCAGGUAACAGAAGAAUUUGUGAAACUGGUACCAAUGAAAGGAACAGCAACAGGUGAUGACAUCUUUGUGCGUUUGGUAGGGGCACUGGAUAAAUUAGGUGUUGACUGGGCACAAACUGUGAGUCUGGCUACAGAUGGAGCACAGCAAAUGCUCCAGAAGGUACCCUGCUCGAACUUUAGGUAUUCGGCCAGGUUCCAACAGAAUGGCCACACUGCCUGUUCAGCCCACACCCAGUGCAUGGAUGAUGACACGUUCAACUUGAGUCUCUGUACUGUGUGCCCCAUCCCUGAUCCCAGAGGAUGCCCUGCGGGAAAGCUUGGCCGUGCAGCCGACGUUCAUCACGGUCUCUGCCCCCCUCCAGUCGCCAGCCCAGACCAGGCACCCUAA